GAGAGACGAAAUCGCAAAAGUGUCAAUCGUAAACAUCAAACACUAAUCCGAGAAACUUUGCUGCAAUUAAGCUCGCUCCAGUUUCUCAUCGUCGCAAAGUUAAUCCUUAAUCUUAGUUACAAAGUACCAACAUUUCGUGUUUUCUUUAAACCGGAUUAAAAAAUUUUAAUGGAAAAUUACGGAAAAUGUGGUGAUUUAGCUGCGCAUGGCCGACGUUCACGUGUAUAAGGAGGAAAAUUAGAAAAGCUCUUCUAGUUACGAACGAAAUUUUGGUAGCGAACAAUUCAAUGGUCAGUGAAAAUGUGGGUGAUGGGUUUCAUUACUGUGGCUUGUGGGUGGAGUGCUUGGGGGCGCAGGUUUCAGCAGGCGGCCCAGGAUGUGGACAAAGUUGAAUACCAGUACGACAUCGAGAAGUGGCUGAACAACGUCGAUUCAGACUUAUCCCAGUUCAAUUCAUUGGCAGCCCAUUUAACCUGGAAGCUGUCGACAUUUCCCGACGAGAAAACCUCCCGACAAGCGAGACAACUUGGAAAAGUGAGAAACAAGUGGAAAAACAACGUGUGUGAAUCGACGAUCAGACACGAAUGGUUGACGCCGGAACAGAGACGAAAAAUUUAUCUCUUGUGCAGGGGCCCGAACUUCAGCGACCAAAUGGCUCUAGAGUAUCUGGAAGUGCUGGGGAAAAUGGCGCAAGAAUUUAACGAUCAAGUUUGUUUAACUGGACAUCCGGCAAAGGUUAAUCGGACAGCGCCAGAUUUUCCCAAAAGUGGGGACUGUUUGUACGGGGAGCCGGACCUGGAGCGCGUUAUGAAGCGAACUGACUUGGAUCCGGAGCAGUUGAAGUGGAUCUGGACGAACUGGCACGAUUCAGUCGGGCCACGACUUAAAGACAAGUUUAGACUAGCUGUGGAAUACCAAAAUGCAGCGGCCAAAAACAAUGGAUAUAACAACAUUGGGGAAGUGUGGCGUGAGGAGCUCGAAACGCCCCAAUUAGAGAACUUUGUGUUCGGUUUGUACGAAGAAGUGAAACCACUUUACGUUCUCCUACAUGCGGUCAUAAGACACAAACUUUUGCAAAAAUACGGGCCGUCCCAAAUCGACCCAAAAGGCCCGAUUCCCAUGCAUUUACUCGGGAAUAUGUGGGGUCAGGACUGGACGUCUCUCCUUGAAAUGUUCCCACUUUCCCCGAACAAAAUUGACCUGGACUUGAAUCUCCGCAAGAAAAAUCGGACCGUUGAAGAAAUGGUUCUAGAAGCUGAAGAUUUUUACAGGUCGUUGAGUCUCCCGAAAAUGACGCAAAAAUUUUGGAAGUACUCCAUUUUCGAGGAGAAUGAAAACACGACAUUGUGUCACGGAACGGCUGCGAAUUUAUUCAGUCGAGAUGACUUUAGGAUGCUAAUGUGUGGCAAAGUCUCAAUGGACGAUUUCUACGUCAUACAUCACGAGAUGGGUCAUAUCGAGUACUACAUGGCGUAUCGAAACCAACCAGCAAUUUUCCAAGAUGGCACCACCACAGCCGUCCAUGAGAGCAUCGGGGACGCGAUAAUGCACGGUGUCAUGACCCCACAGCACCUCCACCGCCUCAGCGUCAUCACAGACGAGCAACUACUGGACAACACCACGUCCCUUUUCCUCCUGUUCUACCAAGCUCUGUCUAAAAUUCCCGAAAUCCCGUUUUCCCUCAUUCUGGACAAAUACCGCUGGGAUAUUUUCGAAGGUUCGGUCCCUUACGACCAAUGGAACGACUACUACUGGCAUUUAACCAGAAAAUUCCGCGGUAUUGUCCCACCAGAACAGCGCAAAAGUGAGUUGUUUGACGCUGGAGGCAAGUUCCACGUCCCUGACAACACCCCCUAUAUUCGAUAUUUCCUGAGCGGUGUUAUUCAAAUGCAAGUGUUCCGAAGCUUGUGUGAAUUGUCUCUCUACGGGAAGAUUCAGAACGAUUCUGAGGAGUUUUACUUGCCGUUGCAUAACUGCGAUAUCUACGGAUCGAAGGAUGGAGGAAAAAAAUUAAUGACUAUGAUGGAAAAGGGGGCGAGUAUUCGUUGGCCUGAAGCUCUUUUACUGGUUACUGGAACACGGCAUAUUUCCGCUAAGCCACUUCUGGAGUAUUAUAAGCCCGUGUACACAUGGCUGGACAAGUAUGUGGAAUCGAAUAAUGUGUAUGUGGGUUGGUAAAUAAAGUGUUGCAAAGUUA